AUGUGCUUCGACCUGGCUGACCAACGUGGACCACGCGGCGGCGGCGGCGGCGGUGGCAGGCCGGUGAAGGGUGGUGGCGACGAGUACGGCGGUGGUCGUUCGGCGGCGGCGGCGACGGCAAUGACGGUGUCAGGGGCGUCGGAGCUCAUGUCCGGGCAUUACCAGGCGCAGGAGAUGUCGACGAUGGUGUCGGCGCUGGCGCGGGUCGUGGCGGGCGGCGGCGGCGACGGCGAGGCGUGGGCUUGGUCGUCGCCGUCACCGCUGCCGUCGUUGGCGGCGGCGGAGCAGGCGGCCGCGUGGGCGGCGCACGGCGGCGGCGGCGGCGUGCAAGAGAGGAGACGGCAGGAGCAGGCAAUGCACGAGCUGGCGGGAUACGCGGGCGCGCCAUCGCCGGAGUUCGCAGGAUCGGAGCAGAGCUCGGACACCCAGAGCGUGAGCGUGAGCGCGGCGACCAUGGACGAACACCACUCGCCGGUGGGCGGCGGCGCGAGCGCGGAGGGGCCCGACACGCCGCGGCGGCGGUAUCGCGGGGUGCGGCAGCGGCCGUGGGGGAAGUGGGCGGCGGAGAUCCGGGACCCGCACAAGGCGGCGCGGGUGUGGCUGGGCACGUUCGAGACGGCGGAGGCCGCGGCGCGGGCCUACGACGAGGCCGCGCUCCGGUUCCGCGGCAGCCGCGCCAAGCUCAACUUCCCCGAGGACGCGCGCCUCUACCCGUCGUCCACCACAACAACGGCCACCGCGGCGCAGGCUCAGGCGCCGACCGCGACGGUGUCGCCCUCCCCGGUCAUCUACCCUGGCGCCACGCAGAGCUCCGACUACCUGCGCUACCAGAUGCUUCUGCAGGGCAGGCAAACCACUAACACCUCCAACCAAGGCACCCUUCUUCCAUUCUACGGCGGUGGUGGCUCCAUGACCAACCCCUACGGCGGCGGCGGCGGCGGCGCCAUGAGCGGGUUCCUCGGCUCCUACUACUCUUUCCCUACCUCCUCUGUUUCCGUGGCCACCGUCCCCUCCGCCUCCUCCGCGUCGGGGCACUACUACUCAUCCCACGGCGACUCACACCAGAGCGUGGCGGCUGAGGAGUGGAACUGGGAGAACGCCCUGGUCUACCCGUCGACGGCGUCGUCUUGGUCCGACGCGAGCUAUCACCACCCGCCGCCGCCGCACACCCAGCCGUAAGCCAGAUUGAGAUCGUCCCCUUUCUGGAAGAAUAAGGUAAGCACGAACGGCUGGGAUGAGAUGGACAUCGCCGAUUGUCUGAUAGCUAUCUUCGUUUUUUUUUUCCUUCUUUUGUUCGUUGAUUAGUUCGGGGUGCGAUGGAUGGAUCUCCAUUGGUUUUGUUUCCCUUUGGUCAUUUUUGGCUGCAAAUUAGCAAGAGAUGGAAGAGCGAUGCGGGGAUUAGAUUUGUUAGAUCGGAUGUAAAAGCAUCCAUUCUCUAAGUUCUUUAAUGAGAGUAAUGUUUGGUCCACUGCACAAAAUCCCUAUUUCUGCUUAUUGUCUUAUAGAAUUGGAUUGGACAUGAGGGACAAUUGGAUUACACUGGUUGGAUUACACUGGUGAGUUUGAUCUUUGCGUACCAUAUACUAUGCCGGUACGAGCGUGCACGCGACAUGGCGCUAUGAACGUCGACACUAAGUAGGGAACGAAAAUAGGCACCACAUUCAGCGUUGUACGUACGACGAUACUACGUUGUACGAUGAAAUGUUUCUCUUCUAUUUGAGCUGUAGAGCCCAU